GCUCUUGUGCGCGUCAGAGUGGCAUUACUCUCUGGGAACCAGUAUCUCCUUUUCUCAGUCUCUGUGCUUUUUAAAAAAGAGCCAGAAGCUUCAAUGUUGGAUGCCGUGCUAUGACAACGUCACUGCUCCUCCGUCCUCGCUGGGUCGACCCGUCGGUGAUGUUCCUGUACGACAACAGCGGCGGUUCCGAUGAAGUGACCAAGAACAUGGAGGGUUUUGCUGGUGGCAACUUUGCUGCGAACCAGUGUAGGAAUCUGAUGGCGCACCCCGCGUCCCUGGCACCCAGCACGGCUUACUCGUCCAGCGACGUGCCCUCCUCUGGUAUGGGCGAGCCAGUGAAACAGUGCAGCCCUUGCUCUGCAGCCCAGAAUUCUUCCAGCGCGUCCCUGCCAUAUGGGUACUUCGGUAGCGGCUAUUACCCGUGCAGAAUGUCGCAUCACAGCAGCAUAAAGUCGUGCGGAGCGCAGCCCCCCUCCGCGUAUGGAGAGAAAUACAUGGACACGUCCGCCUCGGGCGACGACUUCACCUCUCGGGCAAAGGAGUUCGCUUUUUACCCGACCUACCCUUCAGGCCCAUACCAACCUGUCCCCAGUUACCUGGACGUUCCUGUGGUGCCAACUAUCAGCGCGCCGUCAGAAGCCAGGCACGAGUCCCUGCUGCCUAUGGAGAGCUACCAACCGUGGACACUCGCCGCCAACGGCUGGAACGGCCAGGUUUACUGCGCCAAGGAACAACCUCAGCCUGGACACAUGUGGAAGUCCUCCAUACCAGACGCGGUGUCCCACGCAGGAGGAGAGUCUGGCUCUUAUCGACGUGGAAGAAAGAAGCGCGUGCCAUACACCAAGGUGCAACUGAAGGAGCUCGAGCGCGAGUACGCCGCCAAUAAAUUUAUCACGAAGGACAAAAGGAGGAGGAUAUCUGCCCAGACCAACCUGUCCGAGAGGCAGGUCACGAUAUGGUUUCAAAACAGACGCGUAAAGGAGAAGAAAGUUGUCAACAAAUUGAAAACCAUCAGCUAGUUUUUGAUUACGAACAAUAUCUGUGGAAGAUAAACAAGGCCCACACACACACACACACACACACACACACACGGACUCAUGGAUUGGAACAACAAAACUCCUUUCUGACUGAAUAUGAUUUAUUUGUAUGUUGCCAAAUGGAGCUUCCGGAACAAAAUUUCUGAGGCCUUGGAUGUUGGACCUUCCAUUUCCUGCCACUUGUUGAUAAAUAUUGUUUAAGGAGUCAAGUGGGGGGAAAGAGAAAAUAUGUAGCUGCAGUAUUUGUGACUUUUUAAACAUUUUUUGGCAUGCUCACUCUCAACACAGGAAAACUGACCCCAGUUCAGAAAGGUGUGCGCCACCGAGCUACGCCUUUAUCUGCAACUUUAACGAGAGUGAUAAAAAAAAAAAAAAAGCGAAGAUUCACAGGAAGUGACGGUGUGAUGGAUUUGGACCUUGGGAAUGUUAAAUAUUAAUCUAUCCUGACUAUCUUUUUUUUUUUUUUUUUUAAAGAAAAAACUCUACUCACAUGCUUAGCUUGUAUGAAGUUUAGUCUUAUCAUAUGAACCCGUGCUCUCUCAUUCAUAUCCAAUCCAUGGUGCAAUUCUUGUUAUAAUGCUUAGAUAAUCGUUCGGGAUAUGUGUUCAUAUCAAUCAUAGCUUUUUAUAAUGUGUGCGUAUUCAUGUGGUUGUAUAUAAAGUAAAUUCCGGCAUGAUAUCCAGGUUAUUUGUGUGUGAGUCCCAGUAUGUCGGUGUUAAAGUCCGUCCCAAUAAAAUAUGGACUUGGUUGAAUUUUACCCAAGUUAUGUUGAACAUGGAUCCUUUUCAUGGCAUCAGACUGUGCUGAUAGCCCAGGUUACAGUUUGACACGCAACUGAUCCUCCAUUACUUCUACACUUUUAAAUACCCUUUAAGGCCUCAUGUGAAAAAUAUGGUUUCACUAGUGGAGGCGACUUUUCUGCGUUUGUAGCAGCUCUCUUUAUCACGUAAUAUUUUAUUCAACUUUCUAUUUUGAAAGUCUAAUAUUUGCAAUGUGCAGCAGAGUUGUGUUUGCCUCUGG